GUACGGUGUCACUUGUCACAUAGAUGUAUACAAACAGUAUGUGCCGCCUCGUGCCUUUUGUUAAGCGCGGUUAAAAUUGGUGCUCUGUAGUGAAGCAUGCAGGGAACAACGCUCUGGGAAGGAAGCACUUGUCCGCUCUGCAAAACGAAAGGAAUUAAUUCGAAAUUGAAGUUUUUCCGCUUAAAUUUACGUGUCGCAGCUUUGUUAUGUAAACACAAAAAGUGUCCAUUUCCAGUGAGUACAGAGUAUCCUGACACAUUUGUCCGUGUUGGUCGAGAUGGCAAGAUUAUACCAGGUUCAGAGUCUGAGAGAGGUUGGCCACAGGAAGAGGAAGAUGAUUCUGAUGACUCACCAUAUAUUUCUGAUACAUCAGAAGAGUCUGUUACAUUUCCAGAUAUUUUCCCAGAAGUCAAGACUCUGCAAAAUGUUUCAUCAGAGAAUACAAAUGAUAAAGGAGUCUUGGAAGUUGAUGCAUUUGAUAUAAGCAAUAUUGAUUUUGAAACUGAAGACAGUAUGGAUAUAUUCAAACUACGAAAUGAGAUAACUUCCCUAGAAAAGGAAAUUACAAAGUGUGUAGAAAAUAUGAAAGCUGUGCCACCCCAUGUUAACUAUAAAGGUUCUCCAGUGCUUAAUAACUACAGCGAAAAGUGUGAAAAUUCAGGCACAGUGGCAGCCAAAGCUUUUUCAAGUUUGGAUGAUAACAUUUGUACUGAUACACACAGAGAAUCAGGUACAAAUUGCAUUAGCUGUGUGAAAAUGAACGAAAAUGUGAUUGAGCAGAGUAACAGUAGAAACUCUGGUAAUAUAAUAUUGCGUGAACAUGAUUCACCCACUAGCAUACCUAGAAGUCUUGAACUUACUGAAGUGAGUGAAGAAUUAGCCAGCUUUAUGCAGCAUUCAGAAGUCAGCACCCCGAUUUCUAAUAUGUGUAUUUCGAGCCACAAACAUGCAGAUGUUCAGAGUAAGAGCAAGAGAAAUUGUGGAGGUGCAGGCCACAAUGAUGAUAGUGAUCAUGGUGAUGGUUUUGAAGAAGUGAAAAGCACCAGUAACAGUAAUGACAACAAUGUGAAAAAUCCAGAGCAGGAACAAACAAUACUAUUAAUUCCUCAAGAUACAAAAAAUACCGUGGGAAAUGAUUUAUCUAGGGUGUGUGAAUUACAUGCAGAAUUAGUCAUUAGUGAAUCAGUAAGCACUAAAAAAAAUAUUGAUUGUGACAAGGAGAUGCGUAAUGAUAAAGAAGUGGUCAUUAUAUUUGAUGAUGAUAAGAGUAGUGAGUGUAAUGACAAUAAUGCAGGAAAGCAGCUUGAUGUUGUAUCUAUGGCAGAUACCACAAAUCCAGAACCUGAACCUCUGGUGGUGUUAAAUCAUCAGAGUAUGACAAAUACUGUAGGAAAUCAUUCACCAGGAAAGCUUGAAUUAUUUGCAGAAUUAAUGCCUGGUGUAUCAACAUUCAAUAAAAAAGAUAAUCAUUGUAUGAAAGAGAUGUGUGAGGAUAAAGAUGUGGUCAUUAUAUUGGAUGAUGAUAAGAAUAGUGUUAGUACAAAAAAUACAGUAGUAAAUGAUUUACCAAGAAAGAGUGAAUUACAGGCAGAAUUAUUAAGUGCUGAAUUAGUACCCAUUCAGAAAGAUGAUGAUGGUCAUGAGGUGUAUAAAAUUGUGACAGUUGAUAGUGAUACAUCAUCUACAGGCUUCCUUGGGGAUUCAAGAAACUAUGAAGUUAUAGAUGUACAAUUAAGUUCCUGUGAAAACCUGGAAUCAACUCAAAACACUGACGGGAGGAAACCUACAAACGUGCAUCACAGCGCUCAAAAUACUAUUGAGCAACUUGAUAAGAAAAGCAGUAUAACUUGCUCAAAUUCAGGGAGUGUAACACCAUCUGUAAAAAUAAAAAUUGUAGAAGAAGAUGGACUAUUUGUGUGCAAAACUGAUGCACAUUCUAGUGUUUCAGAAGUAGAGGAAACAAAGCAGGUUCAAAAUACGUCUGCAAGAAACAACGCUCAUUCUAAAAACUGUGUUUGUUUUUUAUGUAAAGAAUCUGAUCAGAAGGGCAUCACAUCACAUCUUGACAGGGCACUGGCAGAUAUUUUCCCAGAGGAAUGUCCUACUGAUAAACACUUGAAAGAGAGAGAACUUCGAACAGAAAGAGAAGUCAUGAAAGACUUUCUUCGUUACAUGACUGGAAAUAGUAGCAUGAAGGAUACCAAAAAGAGUCCCAAAAAGAGAAAACGUAUCUUUCAUCUAUAAUUCCCAACACUGUGUGCAGGAAGACUUCUGUAUAAUAUCAGUAUGUGACUCCAUUCUAAAGACAAGUACAAAAUAUGUGAGUGAAAUGUGAAUAACUUAUCUUUGUGCCACAUCGCUAAAUGCCUUAAAGUGCAAGAGAAAAGGGAAUGAAGGCAAAAACCUGGAAGAGAAGAGAAUGUGAUAAACAGAGUUAUGCGAGAGAUAUGUUAGGGGCAAGUGUGUGGUCCAUACUGACAAAUGUGGUGUUCAUAAGAUUUACUGUAUACCAAACGACUGCCUCUGCCAGCAAAAUUUUAGUAUUUCUUGCUUUUUCUCUCUUUUCAUUGCAAUGAAGGCUCCAGUUUUUGAAUUCUAAUCCUAGUGCAAAAUUGCUUUUAUAUUCGCUUGUUGUUUAUUUUUAUUGUACUCAGAAGUGUUAUUCCUAUCAGCGUUUUGUUGUCUGGUAACUAGUUAUCUUCAUUUGUUUCAUUCCUUCUAAAAUUCAAUCGUGGCUUAUACUUUGAAUCUCCUUAUUAUUUAGACUGAAUGUGGUGGUACCUUUGUCACACAAAUAAACUAGUAUCAGACACGUUUUUAUGUAUUUCAAGAAGAGGAUGGGGAAAUGGGUCUCAGGUGGAGUCUAGAGAGCGAAGUUGACAGUACCAAAUUUUAUGGAGCUAUGCCUUACUUUAAUUACCUAAAUUCAUUUCGAUACACUAAUUCCAUUUCAAAAACUAAUCUGUGUUACAUGAGUGACAUUGUGUAUGAAAACAUAACUCUAAAUGAUAACUUCUCUUCAACACCCACAGUCAUCACCAACAAAGUCAGAUUUGCCAUGAAAAAUGGUGUAUUUAUUUAUGUACCAAAAUUAUAGACUACUCACAAGUCGCAUAUAACUUUUUCUUUAUUUUCACGUUUCACUCGACUAAAGUUAGCAUUUUCAGAAAUUACAUAGCAAGGGCUACAUGUUACAAGUAUGGGGCUAUGUGUAGUGGCGCUGUCAUAUGUAAAUAUACAUAGCCCAAUAUUUGUAAUGUGUGGUCCUCGGCUACAUAAUUUCUGAAGAUGUUUAUUUUGGUCGAAUGAAAAAUGUAAAAAUAAAGACAAAGUUAUAUGUGGCUUGUGGCUGGUCCACAAUUUUAAUUUAUAAUUGUCACUGUUUCUCUGCAAACAGAUGCAUGGGCUCACUACCAGGUGUAGAAGUAUGAAACUGGAAUUUGGUUGCAAUAAUGACACGUCUGUUGUUUGAAACUGAUAAACAUUGUUUCAUUCAAAUUAGUCUCCAUUGCUAUUUAUACAUUUCUCCCACCUCUCUGGCAAGACAUGAAUGCCACGCAAAAGAAAAACAGUUCUUUUGAAGUGAACCAGUCAUUGAGCCAUUUUCGUACUUCUGCAUACGAAUUGAAAUGUUGUUCAGCUAGAGCGUGUCCCAGUGAUGCAAAUAGACGUCAGUCAGAUGGAGCCAAGUCUGGAGAAUAAGCUGCAUGCCCUAGUAUUUCCCAACUGAAUGCCUCCAUCGUUCCCUGACCCGUUUUGCUGUGAGUGAUCAUGGAACAAUAUGACUUUGUGUUGCCUUUUUCCAUAUUCCUGUCAUUUUUCAUGUAAUACUCAAUUUAAAUCUAUCUUUUGCUGUCGGUAGUGAUCAGUGUUAAUGGUUUCACCAGGUUUUAGCAGCUCAUAAUAGAUGACACUCUUCUGAUCCCACCAAACACAGGGCACUCUCUUCUUUCCAAAGUGAUAUGGUCUUGGAGUGGGUGUCGAUGGUUUGCCUGGAUUCACCCAUGAUUUAUGAUGCUUAGGAUUUUCUCAAAAUAUAUCCAUUUUUCAACACCUGUCACUAUUUGAUGGAGAACGACUUUCUUUUGUAUCUAGCGAACAGCAUUUCACAAGUGGUCUUUCUAUUUGCUUGCAGUCUUUCAUUCAGUUCAUGCAGAACCCAUUUUCUCACUUUCUGCACCUUUCCCACAGCUUUCAACCAAAAAGAAAUGGCUUUCUGCGUCACAUUCAAUUGUUCCGCGAGUUCCUGUUGAGUAUGAGUAUCAUCUUCAUCCAAUAAGGCCUGCAAUUUGUUUUCUUCAAACUUUUUUGGCGGUUUGCCGCGCUCAUCAUUUCUCAGGUCAAAAUUACCACUUUUGAAUCUGCAGCAGUUUUCUUCAAAUGAUAACAGAAAACCAAUGCUGUCCGCAAAUCGUAGUUUGUAGGGACAAAACUUGACAUGUUUACAGGUUUGAAACGGGUACUGAUGUAUGGGGCUUGCAUUACUGUGUGUUAACAUUUGUUGUCAGCUGUUACAUGAAGCAGAUGACACUGCAGAUGCUUUCUCAUGGGCCCUAUGCUGACAGCUAGCACCAUCUGUAGGGAAAUUCUGGCUUCAUACGUCAUCUGGUAUAUUUAUCAGCAAAUGAUUCUAUGAGACAUAUGAGCAUUUUUCUCCUUUUUAUUAUUUUGCCUUUGCCAUUAUUGCACGAUUACACUAUUUCUUCAUAGACCAUAGAUAGUGUAUUACACCACAAAUAAUCCAUAUUAUUAUCUCACAUUCAAAAUAGUUACUUUCCUUUGCACAAAGUUAUCAGAAUUUCCUGCAAGGUAAUAGAUAACAACACAAAUACUCGUUCAUAGAUUUUGUCUGAUUUCAUAUUACUUACUUACUCAUCAACCGCUGACAAUUUAUGUGUGUUUUGAUGUGUAUUCAGUAAUAAAGUUAAAAAUAAAAAAUUAUACAUUACAUUUAUAUUUUACAUUAAAAAAUGUCUGGUUUAGGAUACCACACUAUUAUAGAAUUCUUCAACAUCAUAAACACAGCUGUCGAUUAAUGGGUACCGUUCAUACCACCAAAGGAAUCGUAUGAUAGGUCUCUCACUGCUAGGAGCAAUUAUUGCACAGAUUUAUGCCAAUGUAAUAUCUGAUCAUUGUUCUGUAAUUGUGGAUAGAACUUCAGUAAAUUGAAAUUUCUGGCUGGUUUUGUAUUGAGAUGCCUCUAAGUGCUGCUGUCCCACCCUGUCCCCCAACCCCCACCCCUUAGUCCUCAUAGUAAA